AUGGGAGUGCAGCAGUUCCUGGACAAGUCGGAUGGCAGGGACAAGCUGCUGGCCACCGUGCAGUAUGUGGCCAUGUUCAUCUCCGCUGGCCAGCCAGGCGAUGUCAAGAAGGUCCAAGCGUCCGUGGCUGCUGCGCGCAAAGUCUUCCGCAUCAUGCGGCCCCUGGAGAGCCUGAACCCCAUCAUCCAGAACCCCACACUGAACUCCAACCGCCCCUUGGUGCUGGAGCUUCUGGCCAAGCUCAAGUCGGUGCUGAUGGCCAUCUACUUUGGAGGUGACAACAUUGUGUGGGCCUCCCAGGCGGGCAUCCUGCAGAACAAGACCCUCAUCCUGCGGGCACAGAAGGCCUCCCUGUACGGCUGGGCAGGCGGGUCCGUCAUCGGCGUCAUCACCGAGCUCCAUGAGCUGCAGGGUCUGACCGCGCGGCGCGUAGGCGAGGUGGAGGAGGUCUACCAGGCGCGCCUGGAGAAGAACGGUGCCGAGAUCACACGCCACCUGCUCCUCCUCGUGCACUCCCUGGUCCAGGCCUUGCUGGCGGUGGGCCUGCUGGAGCUGCGACCCUGGAAGCCACGCACGGUGGGCAUGCUGGGGAUCAUCGCCUCAGCUCUCAACUGCUACAUGCUGUUCCCGGCCCUCCCCGCCCCAGCCAAGGCCAGCACCAAGUCCUUUGCCAAGGUGGCAUGA